AUGGAUAUUCGAAUUUUGUUGAGCAGGGAGUGGCAUUGUUCUUUACAGCAUACCUACCGAGAAGAUAACUUUUAUGCUGAUUGGUUGGCUAAUGUUACAUGUGUUCUGGAUGACGACUUUGAGCUACUAUCUGAUCCGCCUGAUGGGCUGAAGACUUUAUUGGACGCUGAUGCUAGGGGAGUCCACGAUUUGCCCUUGGAAAUGCAGACUGUGGUCAAUCUUAAGAAAAUUGGUGAUUCUAUUGGGAGAGUGGUAACUCUAGAAAAGCCGGAGUGGAAUCAAGGCUCUGGUAGAUGCUAUAUGCGUCUUCACUUGGAACUUGAUGUGCAUAAACCCUUGAUCCCUGGGUUUUGGGUUCCUCGCAAAGAUAAGGCGAAAAUUUGGAACUGUGGUGAAUCGAUGCCAGUCGGUAGCAGAGAAUGUGCUUUUGGACCUUGGAUGAGAGCAGUUCCGGUGAGAUCAGUUAUGGAGGAUCGGCUGAUAAAUGUUGAUGAGAAAGGAACUUUUGAACUUCCUUAUGAGGGUCCUCUUCAUGAAAAUGCUGGUAUCUUAACCAGAGUACUGCCGGAAUCUCAGUCCGAUGGGAUUCCAGUGCUUAACGAGGAAGAAGAGGGCGAGUUUUGUGAAUUGGCCAAGAAAUCUAAGAUGGCGGCGCGUGAGACGUUUGUGGGUAAUUCAUUUAGGAAGCGCGUUGAAAUUUCUGAAAGGGUCAGCCAAGCGCGUGGUAACUCUGGUGUUUCCAAUGAUAAAGCGCGUGUAGUUGAUUGCGUUUCCCAAGGAAUUAGUUGUUCGGGAAUCGAGAAUGUUGGUGACGAUAGUAGUGGAAAUUGUGGCUACUCAGAUCUGAAUAAGCAAAUCACUGCUGAAUAUGUGGAUAGCCAGUUAGUCUCUGUUGACAAAGGAGAUUUUUUUAGUACUGAGUCAACCGGUUCUCGAAGCUUAUCUUCUGUUAACACUCCCCCUUCUUCUAAGGAUAUAGUUUAUGUUGAUAACUCCCUAGUUUGUAAUAAGGAGAACCUGGUCUCCUCUGAAUCUGGUUGUGAUAAACUUAUUGCUUCCUUAAGUGAGCAUGAUCACUCAAGCAUUAUUAAAAGUAUAGCUUAUGAAUCACAAGUUGAUACUCUGUCUUCUGAGCAGUCUACUUCUACUGUGGUGAAUGUUGAUCCUACUGUUCUGCAUCAAGUAGAGAUUGGUCUAUCGAGCUUUUUUAGAAACUUAAAUCUUAAAAGGAGAUUUGAGGAUGCCUUGCUGAAUGAUAAAGCUAGUAGUAAAAGGAUGUGGGUGGAGAAUGAAAAUGGCUUUAUAAUUAAGUAUAUUUCUAAUGAAAGCAGUUUAGCUGUUGAUAUGGUUGCUUCCCAGGAUACUGAUGUUAUAAUGAGUAAUAAAGCUAACAGGAUUAUGGGUGCGGGGCCAGCCUUGACAGUCCAAGCUCUUAAAGAGCUCAUAAGGAAAAAUGGUCCCCAGAUUCUCUUUAUUAUGGAGACGAAGAAUAAGAGGAAAUACAUGGAGAAUCUGAAGAGGAAUCUGAAGUUUAGAUUUUGUUUUUAUGUAGAGCCGGAAGGACUUAGUGGUGGUUUGGCCUUAUUGUGGCAUGAUGAUGUUUCUGUCCAUAUAAUCAGAAGCUGCAAGAAUUUAAUUGAUUCUACAGAAACUGAUCUGAAGAGUGGUGUUGUUUGUCGUAUCUUUUGGGUGUAUGGGCCUCCUGAGGCUGAUGAUAGAGCUCAUUUUUGGCAUCUGGUCAAGAGGAGAAUGGAAUAUCAGAAUAUCCCUUGGUUAUGUGUAGGGGAUUUCAAUGAUAUUCUGUAUCUCCAUGAGAAGGAAGGUGGGAAUACUAAGGAAUACUGGAAGAUUAGGAAAUUCAGGGAGAUGGUUGAUGGCUGCAAUUUGAUUGAUCUACCCUUCCAAGGUCAGAAAUUCACUUGGAUUGGGAGAAGAGAUGAGUUAGUUAUUAAGGAAAGGUUGGAUAGAGUCCUUGUUAACAUUGAAUGGGUUGAGCAGUUUCCUAACACACAGGUUUUCAAUAACCCCAUUAUUGGUUCGGAUCACUCAUCUAUUCUGAUAGAUUCGAACUUCAUUGAUCAAAAAACCCCUCGGUCUUUCAAAUUUGAGAUCAUGUGGACUGAGAGUGAGCAUUGUGAGCAAGUUAUUAGGGAUGGCUGGUCCAAUGAGUUUAUGGGUUCUAAAUCCUAUAUCCUGGUGCAAAAACAGAAUAGCUGUAGGAAAGCCCUUUUGGAUUGGAGCAGAAAGGCUUUCCCCAAUAAUAAGGAGGCCAUUGAAUGUUUAAAACAGAAAAUUGCUGCCAUCCAAGAUAAUGAGUGUUCUGUUGAAAGCUGUAUUAAGGUUGAGGAACUUAUUUCUCAACUUAAGGAAGCAUGGAGUAAAGAAGAGCAGUACUGGUAUCAAAGGUCUAGAAUCAAGUGGCUCAAGGAUGGGGAUGCUAAUACCAGGUUCUUUCAUCAAACUACUAUUCAGAUGCGACAGACCAACAAAAUUCUCAAUCUUAAAUCUGACAAUGGUGAAUGGAUCGAAGAGGAAAAGAAGAUUGUUGAGGAAUUCGAGCUUUAUUAUUCUGAUCUCUUCACUUCUAACAAUUCUAAGAAUUGGGACCAAGUUCUGCUACAUGUUCCUAGGGUUGUAACUGAUCAUAUGAAUGGGGAGCUCACUAGAGAUAUCUCUGAGGAAGAAAUCAGAAUUGCAGCCUUUCAACUUUGGGCUAAUAAAGCCCCAGGCCCUGACGGGUACAAUGGCACUUUCUAUCAAAAAUAUUGGGAGAUUGUGAAGGAGGCGGUGUGUGCAGCUGUUAAGAGUUUCUUUUCCUCUGGUCGAAUGCUUCACGAGAUUAAUAACACUAAUAUCAUCCUUAUCCCUAAAACCAAAAACCCAGAAUCUGUAAACCAAUUUAGACCUAUCAGUCUCUGCAACUUUGUCUAUAAAAUUAUCUCCAAAAUUUUAACCAACAGACUCAAACCCUAUAUGGAUUCUAUCAUCACCCAGGAGCAAGGUGCCUUUGUUGGGGAAAGGCAGAUCCAAGAUAACAUCCUGAUAGCCUCUGAAGCAUUUCAUUACCUUAAGCUCAAGAAGAAGGGUCAGAAAUAUUAUAUGGGCCUUAAGUUGGAUAUGAACAAGGCAUAUGAUCGGGUGGAGUGGGGUUUCUUGGAAGCAAUUCUGGAAAAGUUUGGCUUUUGUCAAAAAUGGAUUAAGUGGAUUAUGGAGUGUCUUUCUACGGUCUCAUAUACUCUUGUUAUCAACGAUAAGCCUUCUGGUAGUAUAAUUCCUAGUAGAGGUCUUAGGCAAGGGGACCCUAUUUCCCCUUAUCUUUUCCUUUUUGUUGUCGAUGUCUUGUCUAGAAUGGUCCACUCAGCCGUGUCUGUUGGUGUCCUCCAUGGUACCUAUUUGAGUAGGUAUUGUCCUCCUCUAACCCAUCUGCUCUUUGCAGAUGACUCUCUUUUCUUCCUUGCAGCUACUAAGGAGAAUUGUGAUGGCAUGACUUGGAUCCUCAAAGCUUAUUGUGAUGCCUCGGGCCAGCUGGUGAACCUGCAGGAAUCUAGUAUAAUUUUCAGCAACAACACUCCUGCUGAUGUCAGAUUUCAAGUUGAAGCUUCUCUGCAGAUUGUUGGUGCACCUAACCCUGGAACAUAUUUGGGAGUGCCUAACCUUUGGGGUAAAACUAAAUGUCAAGCAAUGAAGUUUAUCCAGGAGAGGAUUAAAGAUAAGCUGCAAGGGUGGAGGCAAUGCUGGCUAUCUCAAGGUGGUAAGGAAGUUCUCAUUAAAUCGGUUGCUAGUGCGCUGCCUACUUAUAUUAUGUCUGGCUACAAGUUGCCUAAGAAGUUAUGUGGAGAAAUUAAUUCUGAUAUGGCCAGUUUUUGGUGGGGACAAGGUGAUGAGAGUAGCAAAAUACACUGGUUAAGUUGGGAAAAGCUCACAAAUGGGAAGGAGAAAAGAGGCAUUGGUUUCAGAAAUCUAGAAGACUUCAAUAGGGCCCUCCUCGAAAAGCAAGGAUGGCGGAUUCUAACCCAACCUAAUGCAUUUUGGGUUAAAAUUCUCAAAGCUCUCUACUUCAAGGACUGUGACUUUAUGGAGGCCCGCAAAAUAUCAAGAGCUUCAUGGUCUUGGGAUAGCAUCAUUGAAGGCAGGAAGCAAGGAGAAAUCAUUGGUGGUAACCUCCCGAGGAAAGUAGCAGAAAUAAUGGACAAGGAAGAAGGGAUUUGGAAGCUGAAGGCUAUCAAGCAAGAGGUGGAACCUGCUAUAAUCAACAAUAUAGAGAAACUUCUUAUUUCCCACAGCAAUGAAGAGGACCGGGUGGUUUGGCCUCAUAAUCAGGAUGGUAUUUAUUCUGUAAAAUCAGGGUAUUUUGCAAUUAAGGAUCAAGCCCCAAGAAUCCUGUCUACUUCCUCCUCUUCACAUCAGUGUGUUUGGUUUGGAUCUUGUCUUAACUACCAGAUUGAUAGGAGAAGGAUUACUACUUUUGAUGUGUGGAUUUUUGAAGUUCUUAAUAUGAAGGGUGUUAGAGAAUCAGUUAGAAUUGAGUUGCAGGCCAUAAUAGCUUUUAUAUGUUGGCAGAUUUGGAAGGCUAGGUGUGCUGCAUGUUUUGAAAAGAAAGGCCUCUGUGUUGAGCAUGUUAUCUAUGUCGCUGAGAAAGCAGUCCUUGAGUUUCAAAAAGCUAAAGAGUAUAGGAAUACAGCAGCCAAAGUUCAUAGUAAGGAAAGUGCUAAUGCUAUUUGGCAGAAACCUGUUGUUGGCCAUUUGAAAAUUAACUGCGAUGGUGCAUUCGAUGAACUCACAGGUACUGCUGCUUGUGGAGUCAUUGUUAGAGAUUGCAAUGGCAGAAUUAUAGAUGGUCUUGCUAAGCCUCUCUUGGUAACUUCUAGUGUGGAGGCGGAAGCCAUUGCUGUUAAAGAAGCUCUUAUUCUUGCCAAAGAUCGUCAGUUUGAACAUUUUGCUAUUGAAACAGAUUCUGAGGUUGUGCAGCGCAGUAUUACAAGUUCUCCCAAGGACUAUGUUCUAGAUUGGAAAAUUCUGCCAAUUGUUAAAGAUAUUAAAGAUGCUAUGGCCCUGAUUUCUACUGUGGAUAUCUCUUGGAUUGGUAGGAAAGCAAAUAUGGCAGCCAACUGGGUUGCGACUUCUAUGAGGAAAGGGAUGUGCCCUCUUGAUUGGGUUUCUCGACCCCCAUCCCAAUUACUCUACAUCUGCGACAAAGAUGGUGUUCCAGCCCCUCCUUAG